GCAGACAAAACUUCCUUCUCCUAUCUUUUUUUUAAUUACUCUGAAUAGAGGAAUUGGGGAUAAUGCGAUAGCAAUAAGAAGACGAUCCUAUGUUCUAGUCCGGUCGAUUCUUUCUAUUAAAAAUAAUGGCCGCUUUUCUUCGAGGACGACAGGCAGGUAUGCAAAAUGACCUGUCUGCUAACAUCAUCCCGGGCUCUUUCAUACCGGACGAUCGAGCGCGUUACGGGAUUAAUUCUCAGAUUAGUUGUAUUGCCUAUGAACCUGUCCAAUCUCUUCUCGCCAUUGGGACGAGUGAGUCCAAAUAUGGUAGUGGGAAGAUAUACAUCUUCGGUCAAAACCGUGUCCAGAAGCUGCUUGUUCCAUCACGAUCAUGUUCUUUUUCAGAUAUUCAAUUUACCAAUAAUCGCUUGGUGAGCCUAGACACCAAGAGCGAGGUUACCAUAUGGAAUCUAGAUACUGGAAACAAGAUCGUGGGCUUUCGUGUGCCUGGAAUCGUCUCUUGCAUGAUUACUGACCCCGUAUUGGAUUGGUGUUUUCUAGGCACACAGACGGGGGAGGUACAUACAUAUGAUAUUGACCGACAGCGCAUGGCACCUUUUCGAAUUCCUAACCUAUGGGGUGAAAACGAUCCUAGAGCUAGGGCUGUGGCUCUAGUCUCGAUGCAGCUGCACCCUCGCGACAUAGGUAAGCUGUUAAUUGCUUAUACGCAUGGUAUAGUGGUCUACUCCUUCAAGCAGAACAUUCCGACCAAAUUCUUCGAGUACCAGCUACCCCCAGGAGCUCCUGGAGGGUCAAGUCAGGCUGUCGAAUCUAUGAGGAGACCAAAGGUCACUCAUGCAUUAUGGCAUCCCACCGGAACAUUUAUAUUGUCUGCCCAUGAUGAUGGAAGCUUGGUAUUCUGGGAUCCGAAAGAUGGGCGCGUGGUAUUGGCGCGGACUCUCUACGACACCAAUAUCAAUCAACCCGUACCAAAUCCGGGCUCCUCGAGCCCCAAGCACCCAUACACUCGCAUUGCUUGGUGCUGCAAACAGAAUCCAGAAGAUAGCGGCUUACUCAUAUCAGGCGGCCGGAAGCUGGAUGAAUCUUCAAAUGGUCUAACUUUUAUCGACCUCGGGAUUACGCCCAACUAUGCCACUUCGUCGUGGCAGAUCCUGUCAGAUUACCUGAAAGGUAAACACCACAAUACUAUACAGACGCCGCCCGCGGUUGGCAUUGCAAAUUUCUUUUUGAUUCCACGCAUGUCACCUCAUUUCGCCGGUGCUCAGGACCCUAUUGCUAUCAUGACUCUACUCUCAUCGGGAGAAAUCCUCACGUUGAGUUUCCCGAGUGGUUAUCCUAUUUCGCCAACGAAUCAGCUUCAUCCGUCCGUAUCGUUUGCUCACCCGUUCGCGACCAAGUUUGGGAUAACUGUACUUGAUCGGGGGAGAUGGCUAGGAAUGGUUGAAAAUAGGAACCAAGGCGAGCCGUUGUUAAAAGGAGGUGCCGAGGCACCACGGCCACGCCGGCGUUUCGAGGGGCGGACUAUCAUUCAAGUUGCACACGCGGAUAGUACAGUACGAAUUUGGGAUGUGGGCAACGGUGAUGAGAUUGAAAAUUCGUCUCAGCUUCAAGUUGAUGUCGCUAGAGCUCUUGACCGCUACGAGGACGUAGAGAUUACAGCUAUGACUAUGGCUUCUAUCACCGGUGAAUUUGCUGUUGGUACAAAUAAGGGUGAGGUUGUCAUCUACCGAUGGGGUGGUAAUCCGUAUUUUGGGAAACCCCCCGAUCAACACGUCGAAUCAAACCCUGGCGGUAUCACUAAUAUUAGUACGAGAGCCGAGCCGUCUCUAAAGAGUGGGCUUCAGCCGUUAUCAUUAUACGAGAUGAUGCAGGGUCCAAUUAGCGCUAUAAAAGCUUCAGAUGCAGGUUUCGUUGCUGUUGGAUCCGAAAAUGGCUUCAUAAGCAUCAUCGAUCUUCGAGGGCCUACGGUCAUGUUCCAAGCGUCGAUGACAGAGUUCGUUAAACGUGAAAAACGUUCGUCAUUUUUCAAAGGCCGGUCUAGCGUACCGAUGGCUAAAGAAUGGCCCGUGGUGCUUGAAUUUGGUGUUAUGACUCUUGACGAGGAUAAAUAUUCUAGUAUAUGCUGCUUCGUUGGCACAAACCUAGGGAAGGUCGUUACUUUUAAGAUACUACCAUCCGGUACAGGAUAUACUGCUACUUUAGCAGGUGUUGCACACUUAAAUGAUAAGGUGGUAUCUAUAUGCCCCAUUGUCGCCGCGGAUGGAAAGCCCGCUCUUGCUACGGGCCAAGCUGUCGCCGGGCUUAGAGAAGGAAAGCAUGUAAAUGGCCUACUUGUAGUUGUCACGCAAAGCGAAGCCCGCAUUUUCAAGCCGGCCACGUCUAAAGGAGCCUCGAAAUCAUUCGAUGACUACCUUUGUAACGCCGCCGCGGUGACCGAAUUCGAGUUGCAUGGAAUGGCCCUGGUUGGCGUAUUUGGAGACCUGACGACAAGAGCUUUUAGCCUGCCGGGACUCAAGGAACUGGGAAGCUACCCACUUCCUAUGAUGGAUGGUAGUCGAUCUAGUGAUGCGGUGGUGACAGGGGAUGGCGAUAUAUUCUGCUGGACAAGUCCAUCCGAAAUCGCAAUUCUUCAGGCGUGGGGUACCGGCUUACCAUUAGAGAAUACGGCCGAUCAACUCAUUAAUCCUAACCUCGAAAUACCCCCGAGGCCGACUAUUUCGAAUGUGCAAUGGAUCUCGGGCACACAAUAUGUCACGCCGGCAGACCUGGACCUUUUGAUCGGUGGUCCCGAUCGGCCUCCCAGUAAGCGCAUGAAUGCUUCAACGGCAGCAAUCGAACGAGAUCUAGGAGAGGGCCCCAGUUCAGGAUCCGGUAGCCAAGAGGGCUGGGGUGAUUAUCUCACUAGGCAACUGAAUGAGCGUACAGAGAAACUAAAUCUCAUGAACGACAGUCUGGAUUCCGCCGCGGAUAGUAGCCAAAGAUGGGCUGAUGACGUUAGUAAGUACGUCAGCCAACAGAAAAGGAAGAUGAUUUUCGGGAGCGUUGUGAGCAAAUUCUCGUAGAUUGCAUGCCUUUCCAUACCCUAGCUUUGCGUUUCGUGCUUGAUAUAUCAGGUAUGCUGGAGUUAUAGAACUAGGCUGGUAAAGAAAGGUAUUCCCAAGAAUAUCGGCGACGUGUGGAUUUUGAGGAUCGAUAGCCACUACUGCUACUUUAUUGCGUCUUAUUAUAGCAUGAUAGCUCAUCCUAAGAAAAUGCCAAGUUGGAGAUGCGGCUCACGCCGUUGCGAUGUUUCUUUGACUUUAUCCUCCGACGGUAGAUCUCCUGCAUUCUGCCGCAAAU